CUCCGAAACUGGACAACCAGCAAACGCAAUACCAGGACAGGACCAUAGCACUGCAUCGAGUUUGCAGGCCGACUGGGUAGCUCUUCGACCUCGAAGGGGACGUCCAAGGAAGGACCAGAAUAUGAUAGACAUCCUGGCGGCAAAGCAUAAAACUAUGUUCUGUAGAGGAAGAAGAGGAAAAGUAGACACAUCUGAAUUGGUCCCUGAGCUCCGUCCUCUAAAACCCGUCAGUUAUAGCAUGGACUUCCCCGAGUCCCCUUGCUGCUCCUUUGAGGAAAGUCAGGAAUGGGCCUCAGAUGAUCGAGGCUCCUCGUCGUCCAAUGUGAACGACGCUUCACAGAACUAUCAGGAGGUCUUGCACAGAUGCCCAUGGUGCCUGGCGCUCUUCAAUGACGCCGACAAGCUUAAGGAGCACGAGCUGUGUCACGGGCCAUUCAUCUGCACGGUGUGUGGGGAGAGUUUCCCCACUUCUGGGGCCUACCAGAGUCACGUGAAGACUCACGUCCAGAGCAAACCUCGAGUUAGGCCUUUCAGGUGCGAGCAGUGCGGAAAGACAUUCACAGCCAAGAGCAGUCUGAAGACACAUCAGGUUACACACACCGGAGAGCAGCCUUUCGGCUGCACAGUCUGUGGGAAGAGAUUCAGUCUCCUUUGUAACCUCAAGACCCAUGAAAGAAUACAUAGGGGAGAGAGACCUUUCAAGUGCAUGGAAUGUGGGAGGAGUUUUACUCAGAAGCAUGUCCUCAAGAGACAUGUAUGCGUAUGAUGAUUUUUGGAGCUUGUACAUUAUUUCCCACUGUUUAAUACAGCUCUUCCAGAACUACUGCUUUUAGUUUGCUCUGCAGUUGUCAAGAAUUGAUA